AAACGGUUCUCAAUCUCCGGUCCAUGUGAACCAGAGUCGACUCGCCGAGAUCUAACAUCUUCUCCACAGUAGCGAUCAACCACCACGACUACUUCAUAUUCGGAGUUGAUGAGCUCAUGAGCAGACACCAUCCGGUCACUGCAUCCCUGCCCAGGUUUUUGUAGUAGAAUCUGCAAGCGUAUAAGAUGGCAGCUACGGACAAGCAGAAUGCCUUGGAUUACAUCAACCAGAUGUUCCCAACAGAGGCAUCUUUAUCUGGUGUUGAGCCACUGAUGCAGAAAGUACAUAGUGAAAUUCGUAGGGUGGAUGCUGAGAUAUUGGCUGCUGUUCGUCAACAGAGUAAUUCUGGAUCCAAAGCCAGAGAGGAUCUUGCUGCUGCUACACAAGCUGUGCAGGAACUAAUGUAUAAGAUUCGAGAAAUUAAAACCAAAGCAGAGCAAAGUGAAACAAUGGUCCAGGAAAUAUGUCGUGACAUUAAGAAAUUGGAUUUUGCCAAGAAGCAUAUAACAACAACAAUUACUGCGCUUCAUCGUCUCACAAUGCUAGUCUCUGCCGUUGAACAGCUUCAAGUAAUGGCUUCAAAACGCCAAUAUAAAGAGGCAGCUGCACAGUUAGAGGCUGUGAAUCAGCUGUGUAGUCAUUUUGAAGCCUAUAGGGACAUUCCAAAGAUCACAGAGCUAAGGGAGAAGUUCAAAAGCAUCAAACAAGUCCUCAAGUCUCAUGUGUUCUCUGACUUCUCCAGCUUGGGAACAGGGAAGGAGACAGAAGAGAGUAAUUUGCUGCAGCAAUUAUCAGAUGCAUGCUUAGUAGUUGACGCUCUUGAGCCAUCUGUGAGAGAAGAACUGGUGAAAAAUUUUUGCAGCAGGGAGCUUACCUCGUAUCAACAAAUUUUUGAAGGAGCUGAACUAGCAAAGUUAGACAAAACGGAAAGGCGAUAUGCUUGGAUCAAGCGUCGUUUGAGAACAAAUGAGGAGAUCUGGAAAAUUUUUCCCCCUUCGUGGCAUGUUGAUUAUUUGCUUUGCAUCCAGUUUUGCAAGUUGACAAGGGCACAACUUGUGGAGAUCCUUGGUAACCUAAAAGAAAAACCAGAUGUUGCAACAUUAUUGAUGGCUUUACAGCGAACUUUGGAAUUUGAGGAAGAGUUAGCAGAGAAAUUUGGUAGUACCAGCCGCAGUAAAGAAGCUGGUACUGCUGAGGAUAUAGAUAGAGUUGGACAGAAUAGUCAGACAGUUUCCGAUAUUCGAAAAAAGUAUGAGAAAAAGCUUGCUGCACAUCAAGGAAGUGAAAAUGAGGAGCAAGAUGGACACAAGGAUUUAUCAGUGCCAGGAGCUGGGUUCAAUUUCCGGGGAAUCAUUUCAUCUUGCUUUGAACCUCACUUGAUAGUAUAUGUAGAGUUGGAAGAGAAGACACUAAUGGAGAGUCUAGAGAAACAAAUGCAGGAGGAGACAUGGGAAAUUGAGGAGGGAAGUCAGACUAAUAUAUUAUCUAGUGGCAUUCAGGUCUUUGCAAUUAUCAAGAGGAGCUUGAAGCGAUGCAGUGCUUUGACAAAAAGUGAAACACUGUUUAAUUUGUUCAAGGUAUUUCAAAAAAUUCUUAAAGCAUAUGCAACAAAGCUUUUUGCUAGAUUGCCCAAGGGCGGUACAGGAAUUGUAGCUGCAGCCACAGGAAUAGAUGGACAAAUAAAGACAUCUGACAAGGAUGAGAGGGUGAUUUGUUAUAUUGUAAACACAGCGGAAUAUUGCCAUAAAACGUCUGGUGAAUUGGCAGAGAAUGUGUCCAAAAUUAUUGAUCCUCAAUUUGUAGAUAAGGUGGAUAUGUCUGAAGUGCAGGAUGAAUUUUCCGCAGUCAUCACAAAAUCAUUGAUGACAUUAGUACAUGGUAUAGAAACAAAAUUUGAUAAUGAAAUGGCUGCUAUGACACGUGUUCCAUGGGGUACACUUGAAAGUGUUGGCGAUCAAUCAGAGUAUGUCAAUGGCAUAAAUACUAUCCUCACAAGUAGCAUCCCUGUCCUUGGAAACCUUCUUUCUACCAUUUACUUCCAGUUCUUUUUAGAUAAGCUUGCAUCAUCUCUUGGUCCACGCUUCUACCUCAAUAUAUUCAAAUGCAAGCAAAUAUCAGAAACUGGAGCUCAACAAAUGUUGUUGGAUACACAAGCUGUGAAGACUAUUCUUUUGGAAAUUCCUUCUCUUGCGAAACAAACAUCAGGAGCUGCUGGCUAUUCAAAAUUUGUAAGUCGUGAGAUGAGCAAAGCCGAAGCAUUGUUGAAGGUUAUAUUGUCCCCAUUUGACUCUGUAGCAGAUACCUAUUGUGCACUUCUGCCUGAAGGAACACCUACAGAAUUUCAGCGAAUUUUGGAGCUUAAGGGCCUGAAAAAAACAGACCAGCAAAGCAUACUAGAUGAUUUCAACAAAAGGGGAUCGGGGAUUGCCCAGCCGUCUAUUGUUGCCCCUUCAGCUGUACCAGCAGCCGCUGCACCCAGCACAUCUAUAGCACCUACAAUCGCCAAUCCAGCUUCACCUGUGGCCAUCUCAUCAAGAGAGGAUGUGCUAACCAGAGCGGCUGCGCUUGGCCGAGGCGCAGCCACAACUGGGUUUAAAAGAUUCCUUGCCUUGACUGAAGCUGCUAAAGAUCGUAAAGAUGGACCAUUCAGAAAGCUCUUUAACAGUUAAAAACACAAUUGAUUGUAACUUCAUAUAUUUGGGUGGGUGGGUGGUCGUUUCUCCCCCAGUUUUUAGUACAUCAAAAUUUCAAAUUUUGUUUGUUUGCAUUCUGGAACACGAUAAUAACAAAAGCUCGUAGAGAUUCUUUGUAAAUUCAAUCUGACACCCAAAUAUAGUGUACCCUUGAGCUGUAGAUUUGGUAUUCUAUCCCGAUAAUACUUUGAUUGGUUUGCAGAUAUUUGAGGUGCUAA